AUGUCUUCAAGAACCGUCUUCAGAGCUGCCACUAGGCUAAUCAGUCGUUCCUCGCCACUGACUGCAACACCACUGACUGCAAGCGUUCAAGGACGUUGGUCAAGUGUGAGAGGAGUAGCAUCUCACGUUCGCCAAAGCCGAGACGCUCGUCAAGGCCACCCUUUUCUUCCUGGUGAUUGGUUGUGUUCAGGUUGUGGUAGUCACAAUUUUGGGAGGAAAGAUGAAUGCCGUUGUGGUGCUCACAAAGAAAACUUUACAAAGAUCAAUAGCGAGAAUCUUCCAGCUCCAACUGGCCCAUAUUCCCAUGCUGUCAAAACUCCCUUCGCUGUCUUUGUUUCCGGUCAACUUCCAGCAGACUUUCAGGGAAACCUUGUGGAGGGAACAAUCCGUCAAAAGGCGGAAGCAGUUUUCAAAAAUCUCCAACAGGUUCUUGUCGCUGCUAACUCUUCUCUCGAUAAUGUUUUCAAGGUCCAAGUUUUCUUGACAGACAUGAAAGAUUAUGCCGAGAUGAACGAAGUGUACGGAGAGUGGCUCCCUCAUAAACCGGCGAGAAGCUGUGUGGCCGUCAAGGAGUUGCCGCAAGGAGUCAAUAUUGAAAUUGAAUGUAUCGCCAUGCCCGGUCCUACCGUAAGAGAGUUUCGGGGCCCAUCUAAUUCGGUACCGUCGGAUACAUAA